AGAGAGGGCAAGAGGAGGGGGAAAUAUCAGGGUAAAAAGAUGUGGCUGAGAAGACGGAGCACCUCCCGUCUACAGCGUGGUUCAGAAAACAAACACAGGGUUUUCGCCUGUGGGAGCGGCGUGCUUCCAGGCAGUUUCCGACCAAUAAUGCAUGCAUGCACUGUCUCAGGAGUCAGGAGUGACCCGUCCCACAGUGCAACCUCAUCAUUCAUCAAAGCGGCCAGAUCUCAAGAACGAGUUAGGGGCACCUCCAUCUCAUUCUCACCCGUCACCACUCACCACCAUUGCUCUUGCUCCACCAAAACCCACCAACCAUGGCGCCUGUGUAGCCGUCCCACGCUUGCUCGUCUCGUCCCGCUCCCAGCAAGCACGCCCGCAGGGGCGGCGCGCAGACCUAGCUAGCAUUUGGAUUUUGGAGGCGGUCGCUGCCUGAAGUGAAGAGCCUGCCGGUGCAGCUUGGGGAUCUUUUCUGGGAGCUCCUUGGUGUUGGAUCUGACGGCGAGGGUGCCUUGCGCAGCUAUGCUCUGCUUGGUUGUAUACAGGUUUUCUUCCUAGAGGAUCCAUACAUUGAGAUUUGAGAGCCAACCAUGGUGAUGGAGGUGGUAACCGGUGUCAUGGGAAGACUACUUCCCAAGCUGGUCGAGCUGGUCGCGGGUGAGUACAAGCUACAGAAGGGCGUCAAGGAAGACGUUGAGUCCCUUAAGAAAGAGAUGGAGAGCAUGCACACUGCCCUUACAGAGGUGGCGGAGGUGCCAAGGGACAGCCUUAAUCGGCAGGUCAAGAUCUGGGCAGAUGAACUGAGGGAGCUGUCGUACGACAUGGAGGAUGUCGUUGACAACUUUCUGCUGUACGUCGAGGGAUCUGAUCCAGCAGCCAACUCGAACAAGCUCAAAUGCCUAAUGGAGAUGAUGACCGGCUAUUUCACCAAAGCCAGCGGCCGCCAUCAGAUCGCCAAUGACAUUAAGGCUCUCAAGAAACUUGCCGAAGAGGUGGCUGCCCGGCGUGCCAGAUGCCAAGUCGGCGGUGUUGUUGUCAAUCCAGCUAACAAAUCCAAGGUUGACCCUCGUAUGCUGGCUUUGUACAAGGAUCAGCAAGAGCUCGUUGGCAUUGAAGCCGCUCGGAUUGAGCUAACCAAGAGGCCGGCACUUGGUGAUGGGAAUGUGUCAAAUCAGCAGCUCAAGAUAGUCUCUAUUGUCGGACCUGGAGGACUCGGCAAGACAACUCUUGCCAAGGCAGUGUACGACAGUCUUGAAACGCAAUAUGUUCACAAAGCUUUUGUUCCGGUGGGUCGAAAUCCUGAAGUGAGCAAAGUUCUCAAGGACAUCCUCUUGGAACUGCGCGUGCGUACCAGCGAUGUAGCCACACUGGAUGAAAGACAACUUGUCGAAAAACUCCGAGAACAACUUCAGAAUGUCAGAUAUAUAUUCCUUAUCCAAGUGGCUGGUACUUCAUCGUGGCGAGUAAUCAAAUGUGCUUUGUUUGAUAACAAUCAUGGAAGUCGAGUAAUCACAACUACUCGCAAUCAGGAAGUCGCAGAAAACACCGGUGAUGUCUACAAGCUAAAACCACUUUCUCAUGAUUUGUCUGAAGAACUAUUCAAUAAAAGAUUAUUUGGUGGUAAAGAAAAUUGGCAGACUUCCGAGGUAUCAAAAAAAUUUCUACAGAAAUGUGGUGGUGUGCCGCUCGCUAUCAUUGCAAUAGCUAGUUUCCUGGUUGGUAAACCUGUGGAGGGUUGGUCAACGGUAUACAACUCUAUUGGUUUCAGACAUACAGAUAACACACAUAUUGAUAACAUGAGAAAGAUAUUAUUAUUUAGCUAUGAUGAUCUACCUUGUUAUCUAAGGCCUUGUGUAUUGCAUCUGAGCAUAUUUCCAGAGGACGCUUUCAUCAUGAAAGAGACAUUGAUAUGGAUGUGGGUAGCCGAAGGCUUUGUCAGUGAAGAGCCAGGGAAACGGUUAUUUGAGAUUGGAGAAGGAUACUUUGGUGAACUUGUAAAUAGAAGCCUGAUCCUUCCUGUAGAGCACAAAGAAGAGAAUGUCAUAUAUGGUUGCCGUGUUCACGAUAUGGUACUUGAUACAAUUUGUUGGUUGUCAGAGAAAGAAAAUUUUGUUACCAUAGUGGAUAAUAAUGGGAAAUACUCAACUUCAGAAAGCAAUAAUGUUCGUAGGUUAGCUGUCCAAACAAGAGAUGAAGAGCAGCACAACCAUUUUGCCAACACAAGCAUGCCAAAAUUGAGGUCAUGUUAUGCCAGCAGGUGUCAUAAAAGUAUGAUGCCACCACUUUCAAGCUUUCAAGUGCUGCAUGUUCUAGACUUGGAAAACUGCGUAUUUCUGGAAAACUGUCAUCUUAAGCAUCUUGGAAGGUUACAUCUGUUGAGAUACUUGAGUCUGGAGAACACAAGUAUUAGUGAGCUCCCAAAAGAUAUAGGAGAAUUAAAGUUUCUGCAGACACUAGACUUGAGGAACUCCGAGAUAAAAGAAUUGCCACAGGGCAAUAGUUUGCUAAGGAAGCUGAAGCGCCUGCGAGUUGACAGGGACCGCCGGAGCGCUGGUACCAGGGAAGAUGUAGGUAUAAAAGUGCCGAAAUGGAUAGGGAACCUGACAUCCCUGGAAGAGUUAUAUUUGAGUAUAACUGGUGAAUUUUCUACCUUCGUUGAAGAACUCGGUAAGCUGAAAGAGCUGAGGGUGCUGGUCUGUCAUUUAAUGGGAGAUUUGAAUGAGAAGAAAACUUUGGCGGAUUCAUUAAGCGAGCUUGGGAAACUCCAAAUCUUACAUCUUGAGGGCCUGUAUGGGUGGUCGAAAUCGGAGGCAGACACCUACUGGAAAGACUAUAAGCCCCCUCAGCAGCUAGGUGAUCUGUCCAUAUCGACCAGGUUCAGUAGGCUCCCGCCGUGGAUUAAGUCCUCUCUGCUUCCGAACCUCUCCAAACUAAAAAUUGAUGUAUAUCCUAUGAAGAAGCAGGAUGUGAUAAACCUUGGGGGGUUGCCAGAGCUUGUUAAAUUGGAUGAUCUGUGGAUACCGGCAGGCAUGGAGUUUGCUGAUGGUGUGUUCCCCAAGUUGAGGAGCUGCGGGAUAAAUGCACCUUUCUGGUUUCUGCCGGGAAGUAUGAAGAACCUUGAAUCCAUUACGGUGGGCACAAUGCGGAACUUGACGGAGAAGGAUGCCGUCACUGAUUUUGACUUUACUUGUACCCUGAGGAACCUCCCUUUGCUUGUGGUGGUCUUCGCUAAUGUGGAGAAGAUGGAGGCAGCGUUGAGCGGAGCAAUCCACAACCAUCCCAACCGCCCCUUCCUUCAUCUCGGAAAGCAUGCUGAAGACAGGAUGAUGAAAAAAGAACCAGCCUCCCCUCUGCAUCGUGCUGCCAGUGUUGGUACGUCUACUCAGAUAAUCGUGGAAGACGAGGAGGACGAAGGAUCGAGCUCCCAACAGAUAGCACACGAGUCGGACAAGAAACGCAAAGCCAACCACGCCAGUGUUGAUGCAGCAGUGGGGUGGCACGACACUGAUGUUGAUGCAGCAAUGGGGUGGCGCAAAGCCUUCAACGUCCCUCCCAACCGUCCAUCACCAUGGAGCAUCACAACUAACGGUGUCAGCGCCUUCUAUCCAGCGGUCAACUACAAUUAUUUUCAAGACCUCUACGCGAAAGACGAGGAGGAAGAAGAAGAAUCUCAGGCAGAUCAACAGGAACAGCUGGCAGAGGAACACAAAGAAGCCGAGGUCGGGUCAGCAGAGACGACUCCACCAGAGACCCAGAACACAGUCGACGUCGCUAGACUUGCAGAAAGCGGUGAGGCCUCCACCGGUAUGCCUGCUCCUGUGCCGGCUCGACGGAGGAGGAGGCCUUGGGCGUGCUUCGGUUGCCUCAAGUCCGCCGGCAGUUCUUCUCACUAGUGUGGUGCUUCAGAAGAUGGCUCUGGCCGAGAAUGAGGCAAUUGCCUUGCUGUGGUUUGUGAUCGGUUGAACUUUUGUUGGACUUCUUAAACUGUUUGUUGCUACUAUUUGGCAUGUAAUAGGAUAGUGUGAUGCGCCAGGUUUUUUGCCCCGUAGUCUAUGUAUAUGAUGAAGAUCAGGCAUCGACAGCGGGUUUCCCUGGCGGGUUUGGAUUAUCCUUUCCAUUUCCACAUGUUAAUUAAGACUUGGUUGUUUCUUUGUUUGAGGAACGGACUUGGUUGUUUCUGCUAUGCUUAUGCCAAGUAUUGCUAUGCCCAUUUGAGAAAA